CAUGCUCUCUCUCCACCCCUUCUCUCCUCUUUCAUCCAUUAGCAGGAAGAACAGAUCGCUGGCAGACGUGAAGAGAGGAGGCAGACAGAGGCAGAAGAGACAAGUGAGUGAAGACGCAAAGAGCAGAGAGAAAAAACAUGGACGUGUUCAAGAAGGGAUUCUCCAAAGCAAAGGAUGGAGUGGUGGCUGCCGCCGAGAAGACCAAGGCUGGAGUGGAGGAGGCUGCCACUAAGACCAAGGAGGGUGUCAUCUAUGUUGGAAACAAGACGAUGGAGGGCGUGGUGACUGGUGUAAACACAGUCGCUCAGAAGUCAACCGAACAGGCGAACGUCGUGGCUGACUCUGCGGUUUCUGGGGCCAACGAGGUCGCUCAGACAGCAGUGGAGAGCGUGGAGAGUGCAGCAGUGGCGAGUGGCUUCGUGAAAGUGACUGACAUCUCAAAAACAGAAGCAGGUGGAGAACAACCCGAACAGGCUGCACAGUAGACUUUGAGCAUCCUGCAGACAUGGAGGAGAGAAGAAACUUCAAACAUGAGCUCAGCAAUUAUUAUUAACCUCAUUACUCAGUCCUCUGCUGUUGCUAUGAUGACAGAAUGCAUCUGCCACUUGCUCUGAUACAACUAAUAAAAUAAAUCAAGUUGUGCUUUCAAGCUGUCUACUGAGAGGUUGGCUUAGAGUGGGUGUGCCACCAUCAUUCACCUGACAGGCCCCGCCCCUUGACACAGCCUUUCAAAUGCAUGUAGCUUGACUGAAACCCACAGAGAAUUGAACAAUAAUGGCAUAUUCACACUUCUUGUCUGCUGACGACUAAAACUAAGCUGAUUUCACCUUUUUUAAACAGGAGCGAAAUAAAAAUAAUUUACAAUCCAUAA